AUGGCCGACCAGGUGGCUACCGUGUGUGACCAGCUCAUCAAAGCUGUGAAUGUGAUAAUGGACCCAGAAACGAGCCAAGUUUACCGACUGGAGGCCCUAAAGUUUUGUGAGGAGUUUAAAGAGACAAGCUCAUUCUGUGUCCCAUGUGGCUUGCAAUUAGCCGACAAAGCCCAGUCGGCUGUAGUGAGACACUUUGGUUUGCAAAUCCUGGAGCACGUCGUCAAGUUCAGGUGGAACAAUAUGCAACAGCAAGAAAAAGUCCAGCUAAAGGACAGUGCCAUGCAGCUGUUAUCAAAGGGUACUCAUCCUAUCCUGGAGGAGGAGAGUCACAUUAAAGAUGUCCUUUCACGAAUAAUAGUAGAAAUGAUAAAGAGAGAAUGGCCUCAACAUUGGCCAGAUAUGCUUAAAGAGAUGGAGGCUCUCACAAGCCAAGGGGAGGCACAGACAGAGCUGGUGAUGCUGAUCCUGUUGAGGCUAGCGGAGGAUGUGAUCACCUUCCAGACGUUGCCCACACAACGCCGCAGAGACAUCCAGCAGACGCUCACGCAAAACAUGGACAACAUCUUCAGCUUCAUGAUGGCCAUUCUGCAUCUUAAUGUUGAAGACUACCGUAAACUGAAAGGGUCACAAGGGCACGAAAUACAGACCAAAGCUCACUGUCGAGUCGCUGUGACUACGCUCAACACACUCGCGGGCUACAUAGACUGGGUGUCUCUGGUGCACAUAACUUCUGGAAACUGUCACCUGCUGGAGAUGCUGUGUCUGCUGCUGAGUGAGCCAGAGCUGCAGCUGGAGGCUGCAGAGUGUUUGCUCAUCGCAAUCAGACGGAAGGGUAAGCUGGAAGAUAGGAAGCCAUUCAUGCUGCUGUUUGAUGAUGUGGCCAUCCACUACAUCCUUUCUGCAGCCCAGUCAGCAGAUGGACUAGCAAUAUGCAAGAAAUCUUCUGAUGCACAAGCAGUAGAGGUGGUGGAGCGGCGUUACAGCUUCCUGAAGAGACUGUGUCAGGUGCUCUGCGCACUGGGAAGCCAGCUUUGUUCGUUAGUGGGUUCAGAUGUAGAGGUUGAGGUACCUGCAAAUCUCGGCAAGUACAUGGAAGCCAUUUUAGCCUUCACUACACAUUCCAGUCAGUUUUUGAAGUCAUCCACUGUGGCUACUUGGGGAGCUUUGUUCAGACAUGAAACUCUGUCAAAAGAAAUGGCUAUUGUGGAGAUGGCCGUAAAAUACCUCAGAGCGUCUAUGAUCAACCUAGUCAAGAUUGGGUUUCCAUCUAAAAAUGAUAACCCAAGUUGUGAGUACUCCAGGGUGGACUUUGACAGUGACGAGGACUUCUACUCAUUCUUUAACUCUUUCCGAGCGCAGCAGGGAGAGGUGGUGAGGGCUGCAUGUCGCAUUGUUCCUCUGCAGGCUUUCCAGAUAGCAGCAGAAUGGUUGCAGUAUCAGAUCGGCAGCCCCAUCGAUACCGGAGAUACUACAUCUAAGACUGCUGAGGGCCUGUGCACCUUAUUGUCUCCGUCAGUGGUCCAGUGGGACGCCAUGACUAUCUUCAUGGAGUGCAUGGUCGCACAGAUCUUCAGAACUCUGGGGGAGGAGCAGUUGCCCAUAGAUCAGAGCAUGGAGCUGCUGCAGGCCGUGCUGAACUACGACACCAAAGACCCUCUCAUCUUGUCCUGUGUGCUCACCAACGUCUCUGCUCUGUUCCCAUUUGUCAUACACAGACAGCACUUCCUGCCUCAGGUCCUUUACAAGCUGUUUAAAGCCGUCACAUUUGAUAUCAUCCAGGAAAAUAAGGCACCUCGGACCCGAGCUGUAAAGAAUGUGAGGAGGCAUGCUUGCUCUUCCAUCAUCAAGAUUUGCCGGGAUUACCCACAGUUCAUUUUGCCUUGUUUCGACAUGUUUUACAAUCACGUGAAGAAGCUGUUCUCGAACGACGUCACACUGACUCACAUGGAGAAAUGUUCACUGAUGGAAGCUCUGGUGCUUAUCAGUAACCAGUUCAAAGAUUUUGCAAAGCAAAAGGCUUUUUUAGAUGAACUGAUGGCCUCUGUGGUCGCAGAAUGGACUUCAGAAGAGAUGAGGCGUGUGCUGUGGGACCCUGUCGCCUUCCUUUCCUUUGCUGGAGCUGAUCAAAUGGUCACUGAGCAGAGUAAAGAUACAGACACAGCAGGCCUUAAUAGAGGACGGCUGAGUUUCUGUUUGUAUGCCAUGUUGGGCGUGGUGAAACGGGCACGUUGGCCUGCAGACCUGGAGGAGGCCAAGGCUGGGGGCUUUGUGGUGGGCUACACCCCAGCUGGAGCUCCCAUCUACAGAAACCCCUUCACUGCCCAGUUUCUGCUUUUGCUGCCCAACGUGUUGGCUCUCAUCAGGACUCACAACAGUCUGUUCUUGCCAGAGAACAGGGUUCGUCUGAGUGAGACCUUCUCCAGGGCCCACGAGGUGAUGGAUGCAGAGAAAAAUGUGAUUCUUGGUCUCUCUCAGCAUCUCCUGGAUAUUUAUGACACUCCUUUGUAUAGAUCCAGCCUGGAGCGCAUGCAGGGAUUUUUCACCACAUUGAAUGACAACUGCUUCCACGUCUUGGGAAAUGCAGGUCUGUCUUUGCAGCAGGAAUUCUACACAAUUGAGAGGUUGGCUGAAGAAAUAGCUGCCUCUGCUUUGGCCUCCCUCGACCAUGUGCCUGACCACAGACUUCGUCCUAUGAUUCGUGUGUUUCUGAGGCAGUUGGUGUCCUCAUGUCCACAGGAGUACUACGACACCCUCCUCUGCCCCCUGCUGAGCUCUCUGUUCACCUACAUGUUGCAGAGUCUCAACAUGAAGUGGCAGGUCAUCAACCAGAGGACUUCUGUCAAUGGUGAGGAUGAGGAGGUGGUGGUGUACCAAGACAGUCAGGUGACGCAGGAGAUGUUGGAGGAGCAGCUGGUACGCCUGCUUACCAGGGAGGUGCUUGAUCUUCUCACUCUGAGCUGUAUUUCAAGAAAAGUGCCUGAACCAGCAGCGAAUAAGGAGGAAAUCGAUGAGGAAGACAUGAUGAUGGAUUCAGUGCAGACGGCGUCUUCUACACAGCCCACAGAGGAGCUGACUGAGCUGGGAAAAUGCCUUAUGAAACACGAGACCAUCUACAUGAACCUACUGACGCUGUCCUUCACCUCGCUGUCGUGGAAAGACACCACUAACUGCCACCGCACUGCUUCCAUGGUCUGCUGGACCCUUCUGCGGCAGGUCGUAGGGGGCAAUCUUCUUCCUGAGGCAGUGAUGUGGUUUUAUACCAGCGUUCUGAGGGGCCUUCAAGUUCAUGGGCAGCAUGAAGUCUGCAAAUCUACCCUCUCUCAGCUGGCCAUGCUCAUCUAUGAAAACCUGCGACCUCGUUAUAUUGAGCUGAGAGCAGUGAUGACGCAGAUCCCAAACAUCAAUGUGGAGGCUCUGGACCAGUAUGACCACAGGCUGAUGGACCCCAAUGCCCAGAACGUUGGAGACAAGAAGAGGAAAGACCAGUUCAGGAAGCUCAUUGCAGGAACUAUUGGGACAGCUCUGUGCCAGCAGUUCAGGAAGGAGGUUCAUAUCCGGAAUCUUCCAUCGCUCUUUAAAAAGCCGAAGCAAGACAAAGAUGUGCCGAGCAGUGAAGCACUGGGCCUGGCAGCUCUCUUCACUCCAGAGAAUAAUACCCUGUAGGAACACAUAAUGGUUCUAAUGGACUUUCAUACUGACUGAAGACUUAUGUGUAUGCACCAGGGUUUCCCUCAGCAUCCUCUAGCCAGUGGGUGUGCACUAUCCAACAUAUCUGUCAACACUGCUGUUCCUCAAUUUAUUGUAACCCUCAUUGUUCUGCUAUAAAAUGCAUUACUGCUGCUAAUUUGCUGUACUACACAGCACCACUGACACAUAGCUAAUAUUUUUCAUUUAGUCAUUUCUGCUGGCAAGUAUCUCACAGAAGAUACCACUGAAGGAUGUGUGUGUGUAUAGGGUUAUGGACAUUUUUAGGAAACAUUUGAGAUUGAAUCUGUCAGAUUUUGUUAUGAGACCAUCUAAAAAUAGCAGGCUAAACUCAGCCACAAAACUACCUUGAAAUAGGACAGUUACAUAUUCCGUAAUUUUUGUGUGGGCCUUUUUCCUUUGCAAGGGGCAGUAUUUGUCCACUUCCCAUCAUGCACACUAAGCAUUUCAUAGAUUUAUGCAACUAGAAAAAUGCUAUGAGAGCCCAGCUCUGGUCUAAAAGAUAUCCAGCAUAGAAAUGGGCAUUUAAUGAUAUCCAAACGAGCAGAAUCCGGUAAAGCCACGAGGCUGCACGAGUGGCCUGUUAGCAUACUUAGAAAGAAAAUGGAGUGUGUGUGUGUGUGUGUGUGUGGCUUUUGGAGAGGUGGAGACCCAUUGUGCUUUUAAAAAAAAAAUCCUCAUAUUGGAGGUUAGUGUUGGCAGAUUCGUUGUGUUACCAUGCUACCACACUAAGGCUGUUAUGUCCCUGGUUAAAAAGAAAGGAAAAGUCUACAUAAACUUAUAUUUUAAUUUCCUUUUCACUGGAUGAGCUUGAAUGCAGUUUCUGAUUGUGGAGGAUGUGCUAAUGGGUACCUCAGGUUGCAAUGUUCCCUAUGAUGGGGUGAAGAUACUAUAUGGAAACAUAACCUAAGAAAAUCAAUCAAAGCAGCUGGAUUGUGUUUUUUCACAAAUGGUUGUCUUGGAUUUAAAUGAGCUACAGUAUUCUAUUUUGCAGAUAAUGUACAGUAAUUAUGGCAAAGAUUGUUCGCAUUUUGCCAAUUCUUCAUAUCAGCACAACUAACAAAGCCCAAGUACUGUUUUAAAUUGUUUAUUUAACUCAGAGCACAUAUAUUACAAACUACCCUAACACAUUUUGUGCCAAAGCACUCAGCGUUGAGUCGUUUGACAAAUAUGACCUCACAGUCAUAUCCUUGGAGGAAAACCUAAUUACAUUUAACUUUAAUAAAGAUUAUUUAAGGGUAGACUCAACCAGUUUGUAGCUUAAACCAAGUCUGUUGUAUUAGAGGUGUUUUUUUUCCACAUGUUCAUUUGUGUUCGUUCUGGUUUUGCCAGCCAUGAAAAAAAGAUGAACCAGCACUACAUUCCUUCAUUGUUCAAGGGAUUGUUUUUAAGCAUAUUUGUUGGAUGUAUUUUUGCUCUUAUGGAGCCGUCAUGGUAGAGAGUGAUUUUAUUUUAAAACUUUGUAUUGUGUAGGUUCAGCAUAAAAUAAAUGGGAGUUUACAUAUUCUGACUCAGUGAGCCCCUUUACUUCUCUCCAUGCUUACGGAUGAGUCUACAUAUCAGAUGUUGUACUGUAAACAAGUUGACAUCACACUCAGACUCCCAGGAUUAGAAACAGUCAUGAAGUAUUCAAAUGAAUUGACCUCGCUGUUUUUGUGGUGAUUGUUCAUGUGGCCAUUUACAAAAUAAAAGAAAAAAGCUUGUUCAACACUAAAAUGAAAAUGUUCUGUAAAAAGGAGAAAAUGGACUUUUAA